AUGUCCAAUCCUCCAUCCCAACAACAGUACGAGACCCCAAGGCGGCCGGCUCCAUUCACUCGUCAGUCGGAGGAGCUCCAUAUCCCCUUGUCAGGCGCCACCGUCCCUUCGAAUGCCCCUCGAUACUCGACAGGGCCAGACGCUGGUCACGUCCCCCCUGCCAUCAGUAUUCAACAGUCGACACCCCAGCAUUCUCAAUAUGGGUCAGCUACCAGCACGCUUCCCGGAGCUUUGCAACCAGGUAAUAUGUCCGGUCGUCCAGCACCCUUAUCCACCAACACUGCUCCCUCCGCUGUGCCGAGCCUACCUCCGCCAACCUCGCAACCACAACAAGCGACAACGCCGUCUCGAUCAGGAACCGUUAAUCAUACACAUGUCCAUUCGCGAUCAAGUCCUGCGGGAUUCGAUCAGCCUAGGUAUAAGCAAUAUGGAAAUACACCGGAAAGCGCAAAGUAUUCCUCUCCGCCAGGCGGUUUCCCACCUCAUACGCCAUCGGGCGCCAAAUAUUCGCCGUUGGGUCUUGCAGAUAUAAGACCACCCAGUGACUCGCUAUUGAUGGACCAUCCAAUGACGCCGGGGUCUUUUGCAGCUUUUAAUAAUGACAUUCAAAUACCCACAAACAGCAACUAUGUCGCUCCGUGGCCGAUAUAUGCGGUCGAUUGGUGCAAAUGGCCGAUGUCCACAGGAAGCUCUUUCGCUGGCAAAGUGGCCAUUGGAAGCUAUCUUGAAGAUAGUCAUAACUAUAUUCAAAUUAUCGAUACCCAUCGCAAACAACCAGAGGCCGAUACCCCAGAUGUGGUCCCAGGAGACGUGGAGUUAGAAUACGUCAAGACAGCAGAGGCAACACAUUCAUACCCGGUCACAAGAAUAUUAUGGGAACCUCCUUCCUCCCAGAAGCAGUCGACAGACUUGCUUGCGACAUCGGGUGAUCACCUUCGGUUAUGGUCUUUGCCAAACUCGCAGAUUGUACAAACUACAAACUCGAUCAACAAUCGAAAUCAGGGCCCGUCGCCAGCAAAAUUGUCCCCGCUAGCUCUUUUGUCCAACUCUAAAUCACCUGAACACACGGCGCCUAUAACUUCACUGGAUUGGAAUAUACUGUCGCCUAGUCUGAUUAUCACGUCUAGCAUCGACACAACAUGUACGAUCUGGGAUAUUCCGACAUUGACUGCUAAGACGCAGCUUAUUGCGCACGACAAGGAAGUGUACGAUGUACGCUUCUGUGCGAAUAGCGUUGAUGUGUUUGUCAGUUGCGGUGCGGACGGCAGUGUGCGCAUGUUUGAUCUGCGGAGCUUGGAACACAGUACAAUCAUAUAUGAGCCGUCGGAAAAGAACGAAAAACUUAUGAGCCCCGGAGGCUCCAGCCCAGGACACUCUAUAUCGUGGCCACCACCCCUACUUCGUAUAGCCACAUCCCCCCACGACGCCCACCUCCUUGCAACAUUCUCCCAAGACUCAAACCUAAUCCGCAUCCUCGACGUCCGCCAACCAGGCCAAGCGCUCGUCGAACUGCGCGGCCACUCCGCCUCCGUAAACUGCAUCGAAUGGUCCCCCAGUCGCCGCGGCACAUUGGCUUCUGGAGGCGACGACUGCUGCGUCCUCGUCUGGGACCUGAUCAACCAACACAACGCCGCGCAAAUCCAACCACAACAACCCCCUCCUUCUCUCCCGGCUGGGCCCGUCGGUGGCGCCGGCGGAGCAGCAGCAGCGACACCAUCAACUACCGAACGAGGCCCAGCAGCAGCAUGGCAAUGCGACUAUGAGAUCUCGAAUAUUUCAUGGUCUCCACAAGGAUCGCCGGCUUCUCAAAAUCCGCGUGACUGGCUUGGUGUUUGUGGUGGAAAGGGAUUCUGGGGUGUUGCAAUGUAG